AUGCAUCUACGAUGUAGCUUCUUCCUCUGGGAAUCCGACGCCACGAUUCGUGAGCAGGCAACUGUUCUUGCGAACUCUCGAUCGGAGCUCGAUCCCCUCUCCUUCACUCCAACAAAAAACGUAACCCCCAAACGCUCUCACGGGGGUUUACUCACACCCCAGACCGAGCGUCGGUUCUAUGAUACGCCCCCGCCCAAAUUCAAGAUGCCGCCGAAAUCGGCCAAAGCCAGAAUGAUAUCAGAGGCCUCAGACGAGUUCAGCUGGGAUGACGAAUUUGAUGAUGAUGAAGAGCUGUUGAAAUCCUUCUCGUCAACCCAGCCUACCGAAAGCUUUAUUACGCAGCCUAACUACGACGCUGAAUCUCCGGCAAAGACCACCCGCACCGAGAGAGUCACAUCGCCCGGCAAGCGGAAGCUAUUCGAAACCGAGAAUGACAUUUCGCCUCGUCAAAAAAUAAACUUAGCCACCCCGCUGUCGGCCGCAUCCUCUCGCACGGCUACCUUCCCCUCCUCUGCGGAAUUGUGCAUGACACCUACGCCGAGCAAGUACAACGACGUACUUUCCGCAGAGUCAGCGUUCGACACCUCAGAUCUGGCAAAGACCCUGAUUGGAAUAAUGGAGAAGCACGAAGUCGUUCUGCCAAACAAAGCACGCAACGAAGUUGUCUCACUACUGAAUCGACAUGACCUGAAAACACAAGGCAUCAUCCGCGGCCGUGAUAUGACCCGCUUGGCUUUGAAGAAGAAAGACACCGAGAUUGCGAAUCUGAAGCAGCGCGUUGCCACUUUGGAAGCGCAGAGACAAUUGGAUCAGACCCUCAUCGAUGGAUUGAAAGCGUCGCAGUUCAGUGACUGGGACUGA